AUGGCAUCAAGGCACCCUAAGCAGGCGCCAAUUCCCGACUGGGUUCUUAUUGUCCACCUGACGGCAAGUAGGGCCUCCUUUUCCGAACUCUGUGGGUCGGACAUCGUGGACGCUGUUCGCUGUUUGACGUAUCUUUCAGAAGACGACCCGGAUCAACUUGAAGAAGAACAUGCUCUCUCCACUCAGAGCAAAUUCGACGAGGCUCUGGUCAAGUACACAGAGGCAAUCGGGCUCGAUGAUUCUAAUGCAAGCUUGUGGCAUCCACCGACCUUUGUGAAGGGACUCAACCCGCUCUCGAUGUUGAUCUAUGUCCUUGCUGCUGCUGGAGGCGUUGCUAUCUCAGCCGCUAUUUUCACAGCGCGAAAUCAGGAUUCGCGUGGAGGGCUAUUGACCCUCAUUUUCGCCUUGUAA